AUGGCCGUGGCCAUUGUAGCGAUAGGGGCCGAGUUUGGUUACAAUAAGGCCCAGCAGGGUAUCAUCCUGGCCUCUUUUUUCUUUGGGUACAUCGUUACACCUAUUCUUGGAGGCACUCUCUCUGAUCGCUACGGAGGCAAGGCUGUCCUCGCCACGGGUGCCCUUGUUUGGACAGUAUUUACGGUCUGCACACCGUUGGCUGCAGCUACGGGUCUUACUUGGUUGGUCAUUGCCCGCAUUGGACUCGGACUAGGCGAAGCCAGCGAUCCAUCGUCCUCAACAUUGAUUUCGGAAAAAGAAGCACGUUGGAUCUCACAGCAAAAGAGAUUGAACCAUAUUCAGGGGCAGGAUCAAGAAGCACUUCACCGCCUUCCAGACACAGCCAACCAAGCUGAUCACGUUUCUGGAGGGCAAUUGGAGGAUGAGAACGAGCAGAUACGGACCAUCAGCUCCAACGGCGAACCUAUUCUCUACAGGCCUUUGUCCUCCAUCCCACUAGAACAAACCACCUCGCGUCACUCAGAAGGUAGCGACGAAUCAGUCUUGAGAACAAGAUCAGAUGAAUCGCCGAGGGAAGGAGUUGAGCGAUUUGUGGAUACUCCGGCGAGGAUCCUCUCUGAAAACCCAUUGUGUAAUACUGAGGACGAGUCGUCAAAAUCGAUGAAUAUGUGGCUCGCCUUUCGGAACAGAAAAAGAGUAGAUCGGUCAGUACACACUAACACGCCAAAGGCGCCGGUGCCGUGGAAGCAGCUCCUGAAGAGAAGAGAAGUCUGGGCCAUCAUCAUCUCCCAGGUGACAAAGCGAUUCAAGAUUGGAAUUGGUCUCCGUUAA